AUGGUUGCAAGUGCCAAAGCUAUUCAAGCGCUGGGGAAGUUCGCGUCGUGCGACGUCGGGGAUGCACUCGUUAAUCUAGGUCUCCGUCAUGGGGGAUACCUGUCUGGUCUCAAAAUGUACAGCCCGGGAUCCAACGGCACAGUGGCCAAGAUCUUCGGGCCAGCAUAUACAGUGCGCAUGGUACCAUCGGCCGACAAGACCUCGCCGACACCACCUCGGCACUUUGCCGAUACUAUUCCCAAGGGCAGCGUCGUGUUUGUUUCUCAGCCAAAGGGUCUUAUCAGCGCAUGCUGGGGUGGCUUGAUGAGCACCCGCGCAAAGAAAUUGGGCGCUGCCGGUGUUGUGAUUGACGGUCGCUUCAGAGAUAUCUCUGAGCAUCAGGAAUUGAACAUGGGUCUUUUCGCUCGUGGAAUCAGCAUUCUGGGUUCCAAUACCUUCACACGUUCGUCGGAGCUGAAUGUACCUGUCCAAUACGAGAAUGUUGAGGUUGACGAGAGGGUCACCGUGACUCCUGGUGAUUACAUCCUUGGCGAUCAAGACGGUGUUGUGUCUAUCCCUGUCGCCCAUAUCGAAGAGUGUGUGCGCCUUUGCCAGGAACGGUAUGAAAUUGACCAAAAGACACUGGAGUGUCUUGAGGCUGGCGAGGAGAUGGGACCGACGAUCAAAAAACUUCGGAAGUGA